GUUUCUUACUAUAAGAGAAUAAACAAUAAUAUCUGCGGCGCGGGAAUGCCAAGAUCAAUCAAAGUGGUCCGUGCGGACAUCUAAGAACCGCAAGGCCGCACAUCAUGGAAACAUUACACGAUAACGAAAUAAUAGCGCCUCUCUUUCUUUUCGGUCAAGCGGAAUGGUGUCUUGAAUGGACCGCCUCAUAGCCCAAGAGUCGUUGGGUACAUGAUGGACCCGUCAAAUGAGACUGGCUUGAGCAAGGUCACUGUUGAAUGCACCGAUCCAUCUGGCCUAUUCCCCGAAGUCCAAUCCAUUCUCGCAAAGAGACUUCCAUUAAAAAACCUGCACUGGAAAUCACCCACGCGACCCGCGCGCUCCAUCGAAUCGCUAAACGUUGAUCUGGUCGUUUCCCAGGCCGUUGAAGAGAAGAGACAAUCCAAUGAUACCACCACCACCUCGAGCCCCGCGCCUCUGCGCCGCCAUCAGAUUCCAGGCUUACGCCAGACUCCGUAUUUGAAAAUCUACUUGUUGCGCUGCGAUGAUAACGAGGUGUACAAGACGUCGGCGAGGAAAGCGCUGCGGGAUUGGAUCAAAGCGCACUCGGCGUCGCAGCAGACAAGCGGCGGAGCGGGAGGAGGUCAGGGGAAUCAUGACGCGUGCGAGUGGUUGAUUCUGCAUGUUUUGCAGGACGGUGAUAAUCCUGAUAAGGUAGCUUCCAAGUGGCCUGGUCGCGGCUCAACGUCGAUAUUAGAGAAGGUCAAGGCCGAUUUCAACGGGUCGUCGAAGCCGGCUGUGGAUCGUGUUGCCCAGCUUCGACUCACCAAGGAAGGCCAGUCGCCACAAGACCAUUCAGAAUUGGUCGAUCAGCUCAAUGAUUUUGUGGAUAUGAUCAAGAAUGCGAUCUUGACUUCGUUUGAUUUGCGCGUCGCACAGUAUGAGGAAGAUAUUAGAGAGAAGGAUUCGCAGCGGAGCUUGCCUGGGUGGAAUUUUUGUACUUUCUUCAUCUUGAAAGAAGGAUUGGCCAGGGGGUUUGAGAAUGUCGGGUUGUUGGAGGAUGCUCUCGUUGGGUAUGAUGAGCUUGCAAUGGGGUUGGAAAGUGUCGUGACGAGCUAUCUAUCUGGUACUGGCGAUCAGCACGGUGGUGGCUUUCUUGACUACGGUGCUGACAGGAAGGAGAAGGCGAUUGCUGCUAUCGAAGCUGCUGGAAAGCAGGAUUUGGCAGAUGAAGCUACGAAUGAAGAAAAAGAAAGCACAGCCAAAAUCAGUGUCUGUCUUGAUGAGGAGUAUUUUCCUCUGGAUUCUGCGAAGAAACCGUACAGAGAUAUGAUCUUGGCAAACAAUAUCUCCAUAUUUGAUUUUCGCGCCUACGUUUUUUCGCGACAGUUGAACAUACUCCUCAAAGCCGCCAAAGCACCAUCCCUGAAGAACAAACGAAAUUCAAGCUCUGGCCCAGCCUCAGUUAAUAGAAAGGAAGACCUAGGGCUACUCGCCGAGAUAUGUGAUCGAGCAAUGGAAUUCAUAACCAUGGCUGCUCGCACUCUUCGAUAUGAUAUCGAAUGCGCUCUGGCAGAUAUCACUGAACAGAUCGAUAUCGCGAAGAAAACGAAUGUCAUCAAUAAUCUAGUUUCUUCAUGGACAUAUGCAGCUGUCUGUCAAAUAUUGUCUCAGACUGCAACACCCUCCCUUGCAUUGCCUGAGUCGUCGUUACAACAUGCCAAAAGCUCGACAGAUCGGCCACCAGCUGCUGACCCAGGAACCAAUAUCCCCAGGCGGUCCAGCUCUCUGAUAACAGCUGACCAGGACAAAGCUGUCGCGGCUCAAAAGUUAGCUCCGGCCAAGACUGGCAGCCUCGAUCUCUCGUCCGGAAGAGGCGAACUCUGUCAACUAGCGAGAGGAAUCCUUGAAGAGAUUGGGGAACGUCGCGGUUGGGUCCAGAAGUGGAGUGAGUUUGGAGUACUUUUUGAUCGACCUAGUUCUCUUCUCCAAGGGGAUGGUUUGGAAGAGGUCUCGCUUGAUGAGAAUGAACACAAGAGUGACCAUCCAGACCAGAAAACAAUUUCCGUACCCUUUCAAUCAGCCGGACUUGACUUGCCUGUGUUAACCACGGCCCUCUUUUCCAAGAACCAGUUCUAUAUUUGCUUCGAAGAAUGGACAGAUCAGAUGUUCCGUCACUAUGUUACCGCCAAUCGAACAAGAUCCGCACAAAGUUCCAUGGCAGAGAUAGCCGCAUUGAGAUUCCAUCAGCAGGAUUACGACACAGCAGCGAUUUUAUUUCGAAAACUUGCUACUUUUUACGAAAACUGCCAAUGGGCCACGUUGGAAGGCACGGUACUGGAGCUAUAUACUCAGUGUUUGCAAAAGCUAGAUCAGAACGACGAGUAUGUGCGUGCAAUGUUGAGAUUGCUAUCGCAGUACGCCUCGUAUACGCAAUCGGGCCUUUCAAUACGACAGAAAUCAUUACUUGCUUCGUUGGAUUCAACAGACCAAAGUAUUAUAGAUCCAUACAUCGAGAGUUUAUUUCUUGCUUCUGCGAAACUUUCUCGAGAGAUUAGUGUCCCGUUGUCGAGCUUUUUCGGCAAUAUUGAUGUCAAUCCCGAGAUAAAACAUUACGAAGAUAGGGAUGGCUUCCAGAUGCAGCUCAAGUUACGAUUCUUACUGGGUAGUGAGAUCAAAAUUGAGUCGGUGAAGGUGAGGCUCGUUAGCGCGGGUGGGUUGCAAGCCCAUGAGGUAUGGCUUGAACGUGGAGAAGAGAUUGUAAUAAAGUCAUCGACUUCAACAAUGUCUGUCGGUUCAGCAACAACCUUGCAAGGGAAAUACCUCGUUGAUCGUAUCGAAAUGCGGAUCAAAAAUGUCGUUUUUACGUAUGGCGGAGGUAGUAGUUCGUCAGCUCUACCCCCAGGUUUCAGGGAACCAGAAGGCACAGAAGAAGAAGUCAGGCCGUAUAUAUGGUGCUAUCCACCUACAACCGGCCUCGAGGCGAGACUAACAACUCCGCAUUACAUUAACCUAGAGGAAUUGAGGACUGUCGAAGUUGAAGUCGACAGUGGACGCAACAACAUCUCGAAAGGCGUGCUCCGCGUACGACCUGCAACAGCAGGUCUUCGCUUGCGAAUUGCAGAGACUAUCGUUGUAGGUGGAGAUAUCAAAAUGACGCCUCAACCGGAAUUAGCGAGUUUAGAAUUUGUAAACUUUGCUCCCGAAUCGUCCGUGCGAUUCCGCAUACCGUACAGCGUCGACGAGAACCACACCAUGCUAUCCGCAAGGCUAGAAGCUAUCUACGAAACGGACACGGGUAAAUUCACAUAUAUAUCCGCCAGCUCCAUCAUAUCAACAUUACCCAUUAGCGUCAAUGUACAGGACAUCUUCAAAGACGAUGUCCUCUUCUCCCGCUUUACGGUCAGCCCAGCAAUGCUGAUUCCGCUUCGAGUUCUUGGCUGCGAUAUCCCCGAAUCAGACUCAUACCAAGUCGACUGCGGCAUGCGCGGGCCUGUAGCGUAUGACGUAUUCCCCAAACAAGCAGCCUCUAUAAUCUACAAAAUCAAGCUACGGGACGGCCGUACACCGCAGUCGAAUGAGUCAAAGCGAUCAUUGCGGCUUACCGUGCAGUUCACCUGUCUCGACGAGGAGUGUCUGCUACUAAUCAAGCAAAAAUUCGUCGCAGCGAUUAUGCACAGCAAGCAUAAGUCGCUCAUGCGUCUCUUGACUCCGCAUAUUGUUGAUGCCUUCCGCACACAGCUGUCGACGUCGGACAUGGAGGCGAUUGGUCUACUACGCGAGGUCGAAGUCUUAAAUUACAAUCAGGUGCAUUGGGAUACGGUGCUGAGCAGUCUGCGCGAGCCAUUCAGGAAAGAGGUUCGCGACUGGCUUGUGGAGUGGCAUAAGUCAAAUACCGUAUUUACCCUCCCAGACCCCGAUCCAGCCCUACUCGGUCGUCACAUCGUCAUUCCAGUCGACGUGCCCGAAGUUCAAGUGGUCCACACUGCCGAACUACGUCUCUAUACCGAGAAUCUAGCCGGACAACCACCACUUCAACAACAACAACAACAUCCAUACGCCGCCGUCGGUCACAUGAUCGCCGCAGAACUAGUUCUACGGCAUACCCGACGAUGGUGUUUUCAGCGCACCGAGAGUCAAGACUCCAGCCAAUUAGAGUUCGGAUACGAGAUGCACGUCAACCCAGAGCAAUGGCUGAUCGGCGGGCGACGACGAGGACAUUUUACAGCUGCAGAGGGCGAAAGCACCACAUUCGCUAUUAUGUUGCUGCCGCAGAGGGCAGGGAAUCUACUGCUACCGUCUAUCGAAAUCAAGGCAUAUAUCAACGAACCCGUGGUGUCGGGGGGAGCAGCGACGCCGACGUCUGCUACAAUCGCUGUCCAAUCACCCUCGCCAGCCCCCGGUAAUAUCACCCCCUCGUGGCCGGCACAGCAACGGCGGCAAGUACCCAGCGAGGUCGAUUAUAAGAACCACGGCGAGACGCUCUUAGUCCUGCCGGACCUUAGGAAGACGACGGUGAGUCUGGAGUCAGGGAAUCCGGGGCUGAUUGAGUCGGAGGCUCGUGUGGCCAUAUAACCUAUAUCUACCAGUAUGACUAUUGUCGUUUGUAAAUAGAUACAAGUAUACAGUCUACAGAUCACGAAUGUACAUCUUCUACGUACUAAUUUCAGAUUAGACUAUUAACUAGCACCAAUCUUAGCGGCUUCUGCCUGAGGCAUCA